AUGGCUCCCCAGAUGGCUCCCCAGCAGAUCUACGUCCAGAAUCCAGGCAUGGUGCAGGCUGCUCCUCCCGCCAACCCCGACUGUGCCCAGUAUGGCCAUGAGACGCGUAUCGGCUGCUGCGGCCUCUGUGGCGUCGUUUGCUGCUUCCCUUGGUCCUUGAUCUGGCUGUUCGGCCGCAGGACCGUCACCUGCAAGCGCUGUGACGCCAAGAUGCCUCCCCAGGGUGUUCUCGGCUAG